UUUUCCCGGCCUCCCGCCGUCCUCGCGCCAACCUCCCGAGAUGCCGAGGCGGAGGGCACUUCCUUCAGGCCGGCGCUCCAGCGCGGGGGUGCCUGGCCCGGCUCUGGGAGAACAGCCGGUUGCUGAGACCCUUCUUUCUGGACAGCGCGGGCCCCAAAGCUGUUGCCAAGUCCUGGGGAGAGAGAUGUACUCCGAUGAGGCACGGUCCCGGGCCGGGCCCGCGAGCCCGGGGCUGGGAUAGGACCCCAGGCGGGAGCUGAGCGGGAAGAGCGCCCACCGUGGCCCGAGGGAUGAGGGACUCCAUGCUCUGGAUGAUGAGGACUCUUAGAAGGUGACGGGCCGUCUCAUGCUGGCCGUGGGAGGGGCAGUACUAGGAUCCCUGCAGUUUGGCUACAACACUGGAGUCAUCAAUGCCCCCCAGAAGGUGAUUGAGGAGUUCUACAACCAGACAUGGAUCCACCGCUAUGGGGAGCCUAUCUUGCCCACCACGCUCACCACACUUUGGUCCCUCUCUGUGGCUAUCUUCUCCGUCGGAGGCAUGAUUGGCUCCUUCUCUGUGGGCCUUUUUGUUAACCGCUUUGGCCGGAGGAACUCAAUGCUGAUGAUGAACCUUCUGGCCUUUGUGUCUGCUGUGCUCAUGGGCUUCUCGAAACUGGGCAAGUCCUUUGAGAUGCUUAUCUUGGGCCGCUUCAUCAUCGGCGUAUAUUGCGGCCUGACCACAGGCUUCGUGCCCAUGUACGUAGGGGAGGUGUCACCCACAGCUCUUCGUGGGGCCCUGGGCACCCUGCACCAGCUGGGCAUCGUUGUUGGCAUCCUCAUUGCUCAGGUGUUCGGCCUGGACUCCAUCAUGGGCAACGAGGAACUGUGGCCCUUAUUGCUGAGCGUCAUCUUCAUCCCAGCCCUGAUGCAGUGCAUCCUGCUGCCCUUCUGCCCUGAGAGCCCCCGCUUCCUGCUCAUCAACCGCAACGAGGAGAAUCGGGCCAAGAGUGUGCUGAAGAAGCUGCGUGGGACGGCCGAUGUGACCCGUGACCUGCAGGAGAUGAAGGAGGAGAGUCGGCAGAUGAUGCGGGAGAAGAAGGUCACCAUCCUGGAGUUGUUCCGCUCACCCGCCUACCGCCAGCCCAUCCUCAUCGCCGUGGUGCUGCAGCUGUCCCAGCAGCUGUCGGGCAUCAAUGCUGUGUUCUACUACUCCACCAGCAUCUUCGAGAAAGCAGGAGUGCAGCAGCCUGUGUAUGCCACCAUCGGCUCGGGGAUCGUCAACACAGCCUUCACUGUCGUAUCGCUGUUUGUGGUGGAACGAGCUGGCCGGCGGACCCUGCACCUCAUAGGCCUGGCUGGCAUGGCAGGCUGUGCCGUGCUCAUGACCAUCGCCCUGGCGCUGCUGGAGCAGCUGCCCUGGAUGUCCUAUCUGAGCAUUGUGGCCAUUUUUGGCUUUGUGGCCUUCUUUGAAGUGGGUCCUGGCCCAAUCCCAUGGUUCAUCGUGGCUGAACUCUUCAGCCAGGGUCCUCGCCCAGCUGCAGUUGCUGUUGCUGGCUUCUCCAACUGGACCUCAAAUUUCAUUGUGGGCAUGUGCUUCCAGUAUGUGGAGCAACUGUGUGGUCCCUACGUCUUCAUCAUCUUCACUGUGCUCCUGGUUCUGUUCUUCAUCUUCACCUACUUCAAAGUUCCCGAAACUAAAGGCCGGACCUUCGAUGAGAUUGCUUCUGGCUUCCGGCAGGGAGGAACCAGCCAAAGUGACAAGACACCUGAAGAGCUAUUCCACCCUCUAGGGGCUGAUUCCCAAGUGUGAGGUGCUCCACACCCCCAGCCCGGCCUAUUCCCAACAGCCCCAAGAAUUUCUCUGGAGCAUAGACAACUGGACAAGACUUCCAAACUGACAGAUCUCAGCCAAGCCGGGCCUGGGGCUCCUUUCUUCAGCCAGCAAUGAUGUCCAGCAGAAUAUUCAGGACUUUAAUGGCUCCAGGAUUUUAACAAAAGCAAGACUGUUGCUCAAAUCUAUUCAGACAAGCAACAGGUUUUAUAAUUUUUUUUAUUACUGAUUUUGUUAUUAUUUUUUUAUCAGCCAGAGUCUCUUGUCCCCACACCCCAGGCUUCACCCUGAGUGGCUCAGUGCCUGAGGGUGGGGGCCAAGCCCUGUUCAGACACUUGCCUUCUUCACCAAGCUAAUCUGUAGGGCUGGACCUAUGAUCAAGGACACUAAUUGAACUAUGAACUACAAGGCUUCAACCCCAAGAGGUGGUUGUGGCCACCCCUUUCUGCAGACCUUAGGGAUCGGGCUCCAUUUUAGGAUUUGCCCAUUCCCAUCUCUUCCUACCCAACCACUCAAAUUAAUCUUUCCUUGCCUGAGACCAGUUGGGAGCACUGGAGUGCAGGGAGGAGAGGGGAAGGCCAAACUGGGCUGCCAGGUUCUAGUCUCCUGUGCACUGAGGGCCAGACGAUCACCAUGAGAGAAGGGCCGUGGGAGGCUGAGAACUCACUGCUGAAGAAAACAUGGACACUCCUGCCCUGCUGUGUAUAGAUGGAAGAUAUUUAUAUAUUUUUUUUGGUUGUCAAUAUUAAAUACAGACACUAAGUUAUAGUAUAUCUGGACAAACCAACUUGUAAAUACACCAACACACUCCUUCUGUAACUUACCUAAACAGAUAUAAAUGGCUGGUUUUUAGAAA